ACUCAGUGCAAGAAAAGUGAUGUCAGUCCAGGUGUCAAAGGGUUAAACAUGUCUUUUUUUUUUCCGUCCCGUGUCUCCGCAGUCCCACCUGUUUGUGUUACAGCUGGUCCACCGGCCGUCUGUCCGGUCUGUCCUGCAGGGUUUGAUGAAGAAGAGACUCCUGCCGGCCGAGCACUGCAUCACCAAGAUAAAACGAAAUUUCAGUAGCGGCACCAUCCCCGGGACCCCCGGUCUGAACGGAGAGGACGGCGUGGAGCAGACGGCGAUCAAAGUUUCCCUCAAAUGCCCGAUCACGUUCAGACGAAUCCAGCUGCCGGCCAGAGGUCACGACUGCAGACACAUACAGUGCUUCGACCUGGAGUCCUAUUUGCAGCUAAACUGUGAAAGAGGGACGUGGAGAUGUCCAGUGUGCAAUAAAACAGCUUUGCUAGAAGGACUGGAGGUGGACCAGUACAUGCUCGGGAUCCUCGUCUACAUCCAGAA